AUGAUCUACGUGUUUUUCUUCUUUAUUGUGAGCCUGAUUCUAUGGGGUGUAUUUCUGACCACCGGUUAUCUGUGCUAUCUUGUACGACACUCUCAUGGAGAAAAGAAGCUGAAUCCUCAAAGCGGAAAGACAGUUUCCUUAUGUUGCGUAAUGGGCUCCGGUGGACAUACAACGGAAAUGCUUGAACUGCUAAAACACCUUGGCAGUCAGUACACUCCUCGUUGCUACGUGGUAGCUGAUACGGAUCAUAUGAGUGAGGAUAAGACAGUCUCCUUGUGUUGCGUGAUGGGCUCCGGUGGACAUACAACGGAAAUGCUCGAACUACUCAAACACCUUGGCAGUCAGUACACUCCUCGUUGCUAUGUGGUGGCUGAUACGGAUCAUAUGAGUGAGGAUAAGGUUCUCAAUUUUGAGAAAACGCGUGACAGCGGCGCUUUCCAAAUUUGUCGCAUUCCUCGAAGUCGUGAAGUUGGGCAAAGCUUCCUGACUGCGGUGCCGACAACGCUGUACUCUAUCAUUUAUGCUCUACAAAUUGUAUGGAAAGCUAAACCUGAUCUUCUACUUGUGAAUGGUCCUGGAAGCUGUAUUCCAGUUGUAUUUGCCGCUGCACUUUUUGACAUGAUACGUUUGCGUGAUACGAUAAUAAUUUACGAAGAAUCUAUUUGCCGCGUUGAAAGUUUGUCAUUAUCUGGAUCCAUUCUUUACUUCACCGGCUUGGCUGAUGAUAUCAUAGUCCAGUGGAAGCAGCUGAAGGAGAAAUAUCCGAGAACGNAUCAAGUCUGCAUUCUUCCGUCCUGGUUCUCCCUCAGCCCAUCAGGAUAUUAUCCUUUCGAAUUUCUAGUACUAAAAUUGGAAAAGAAUGAUUUCCCCGAAUACUAUGGUUGUAAUCGUGAAGGAUGCCCGUUCUUAUAUUUCAUUGUUCUUGUAUGCGGGCUCAGUGCCUACUAUUCUCUUGAUUCAGGAUCCAUUCUUUACUUCACCGGCUUGGCUGAUGAUAUCAUAGUCCAGUGGAAGCAGCUGAAGGAGAAAUAUCCAAGAACGACGUUUAUCGGCGAUUUGAAAUGA